AUGGACGACGACGUGGCCGAGGAGCGACUCCUCGAGACCGUCCAGCGCGACCUCACGGCGCACGCAGCGGCGGUCCGCGCGGUCCUGACGCGGUUUGCCGAGCGCAUCUUGGCGCUCGAAGAGCUCUGUCAUGGCCCGCUCGCGACGCUACCGCACUCUGUCGACGCCCUUGAUGCCCGCGUGACUGCGAUGGGGUCGUCGCUUGAAGCUGCGAUCGACGACACGCGCAGUGCGAUGCCGGAUUACAGCGACAGGCUGGAAGUGCUCGACAAGCAGGUGGCCGGCCUCGCCGAGAGCGCCGGUGACAUGCACGCUGUCGCCAUGAUGCAGGUCUCGCGCAUUACGUCGGAGACAGUCGGCAUCAAGAGCCUCAUCGGGACGCUCAACGAGGCCCAGCGCCGCGCGUCCGUGGCGAUUCAUGACGCGAUCCAGGGCGCGGUCGAAAACAUUCAAAUCGCCCGGGGCGCCGACAAGGAUGAGGUCAUGGAGAACAUUGCGGUGGUCCAAAAGACGUUUGCGGCCCAAGUUGACGGCAUUUACAAGCACGUCGACGACGUCAUGGCCAAAACGCCACCGGUCGUCGUCGUGCAGGCGGCGCCCGAGCCACCGCCGCGGCCCACGACGCCGAUUCGCCGUGUCGAGCCCGUCGUCAUUGCCUUCUCGCCUGAGAAAGCAGUAACAGCAGCACCAACAUCGACACCGGCACCGACGUCCGUCCCGACGUCCGCACCGACGUCGACUCCGACGCUCAAACCGACACCGACGCCGACGCUCAAACCGACACCGACGCUCAAGCCAGUCUCGCGCCCAUCGACACCUGCGACCGUCGAGCCCGAAGCCGAGUCGCCCGAGAAGAAAUCCGUGACGGUGCCGCCGUCCAGCAAAAUUCCUGUCGUCGUCCACGCGCGGCGGCGCGAAAAGGAGACGCGGCCGCCGGCGCCCAUGACAGACCUACCGCCGUACGAGCUGCCCGCCGACAUGAAGCACAAGAUCGAGCACAACGUGCGCGCGACGCUGGAUGCGCCACCGCAGCCGAUACCGCAGCCGAUACCACCGGUGGUCGCACCACCGACGACAGCGCUCGUGGCCACACACGAAGCAGCAGCAACCUCAACAAGCCUUGCCUUACCCCACUCGACACCCGACAUGCCGGGUGUCCCGGGGGAGUUCAAGGCGCAGCUGCACGCGUGCCAGAGCAGCGUCGAGAUGGUGUGCAGCUUGCUCGAAGUGACGCGCAGCCAGGUCAAAAUGCGCCAAGACGAGAGCGACGCAGCGAUGGCCCGCGAAGUGCACGCGCUGCGCACCAAGAUCAAGAAAGUUCGCGACGAGUUCCACCAAAUCUUGCCGCUGCUCAAGCCAAUGCUGUUCGAUUCGGACCUGCUCGCAACACCAGAGUUGGACUUGGGGCACAUUCCGUCCUUGCGCACGGCGCUCCUCGAGCUCUCGCGGAACCUCAACGUCGUGCGGCAGACGCGCAAGCACAUGAGCAUGGACAUGCGCCGGACCAUAGACAAGAUCAUUGAUGUCAUCAACGACGCCUACCACACCGCAGCGGCCGGUCCGAUCGAAGAUAUGACCGUGCUCGCGCGCCAGGUCGACAAGGUGGCCCGCGCCCUUGCUUUCGGAAUCCAGUCGACUCUCGGCGUGCUCUCGACCGUCGACGCGAUCUCGACGCGCGAAGUCGCGACAGCGAUCGAGUCCUUCUCCGAGGUCCUCACUCAAGACGGCAGCAGCGCCGAGAUGCUUCGGCAGCACGUCUCGACCCUCACGUCCGAGCUGCACGAGGCCAAGCACGAGCUUCGCGCGGCGAUCCUAUCUCUGCAACACCGCCUCGAUGAGCCGCGCGGCAGCGAGAAGACGCUCAAGGCAGUACACUCGCGACACGAGAUCAACGACCGCGGCAAGGCCGUGCUCACGCUCGAGCACGAAGUGAGCGCGCUGCGGGCGCAAAUGGACGCGCGCGACGAGACUCUGCGGCGGCUCAUGCUGGACCUCGAUGGCAAGGCCGACAAGCGGCAGCUCUCACGACUGCUCAACCCCGAGGUGGCCGAGCUAACCAAAGUCCGCAAGCUGCCGCAAGCCAUCAAGUCCAAGCCGAAACCCCUCCCAUCCGGCGUGCUGCGCAAGGCGCCGGCGCUCUCCGCGCUCUUCGUCGAAAACUCCAAGUCGGCGUUCACACUGGACGAGUCGCUCUCCCGUUCGAGCUCGCUCUCGCGCGAGUAG